ACGUGUGUUGACAUGUGACCGCACAUGGGGAAAAAAAAACAACAGCGUGGAAAAAAACCCUUCCUCGUGCAUAGUGCCUUUACCACGUGACUGAGUGGGCGUAUUUAAGCCCCUGGCGCGAGAUCUGCCGAGAAGAGAAUAGGCAGUAACAACAACGAGCAGUUAGUCGUCUACGGUGUCUUGAAAGAAAAUGAGUGUCAGUGGAAAGUUAAAACGCAGCCAACAGAAGUCUAAUGAGAAUAUAAAGAGCUUUUUCACACCAUCUCAAAAGGCAAUGGGACCCCCCAGGCAAACCCUGCAGGUCCUCCAGCCGUCAGCUGUCAACAAAGAUUUGGGGAGAUCAUCUCAGGAAUCGAAGGUCAUUCCCAAACGGAAACAGUGGAGCGCAGAACAAAGAGGUCCAAAAAGGGUGAAGGUAGAAGUCAAAUCCACACAAACAGAAGAAACUCAGCAUCCAACAGAUGGAAUGUCCAGUGAAGCAUUUGAACUUAUGGUCAAAGAAACGCCCCCUUCAACCUACUGGAAAGAGGUAGCCGAGGAGCGCCGGAAGGCCUUGUACAAUGUUCUACAGGAGAAUGAGAAGUUACACAAAGACAUCGAGGCCAAAGAUGAACAGCUGACAAAACUCAAAAGUGAGAAUGAAGAGCUGCAAGAGCUGGCACAACAUGUACAGUACAUGGCUGAUAUGAUUGAGAGGCUGACUGGGAAGUGCCCUGACAAUCUGGAGGAACUGAGGGACAUCGCCCUUGACGUAGAUGAGGAUGAGCAUGAAGACAACAGUGAAGUGGCAGCUCAGAGUGAGGAAGAAGAUUCUGAUUGCAGUCAGAGUAAUGCAGAGGAAGACGAGACCUCAGACUAUGAACAAGCAGGAGAACAGGAUUAACUGCAAAUUUUUGCCUGUCAUGGGACUUUCUUUAUACAGGUCAGCAGAUUUUAGCCAGAGUGUACUUUGGCAGCAACAAAUGACCACCUGUGUGAAGAAAUUGGUUUAAAUUUUUUAUUUUCAGACUGCAUCAUUCUUGAAGUAUUCAAUUUUAAGCCUUGCACCAGCAGGAACUGAUUUUA